CCUGCCAACCGGAAGCAGUGCGGAGAUCCUGUACAGGGGAGCUGAGGCUCUCUGUACGGUCUCUGCGGUCAUGGCCGAGGGGAAGAAGAUCGGAAACGCCGUCCUUCCCAGCGACUCCAUGAAAGUGAUCGCCGAGUCCAUAGGAAUUUCGCAGAUCUCGGAAGAAACCUGCCAGCUUCUGGCUCAGGAAGUCAGCUUCAGGAUCAAGGAGGUCACUCAGGAUGCCCUGAAGUUCAUGCACGUGGGGAAGCGGCAGAAACUGACGCCGAGCGACAUUGACUCGGCCCUUAAGAUAAAGAACGUGGAGCCUAUAUACGGCUUCCACGCCAAGGAAUUCCUGCCCUUCCGGUAUGCCAGCGGCGGGGGCCGGGAGCUGCACUUCUACGAGGAGAAGGAGGUGGAUCUGAGUGACAUCAUCAGCACUCCGCUGCCACGUGUGCCCCUGGACGUCUCUCUGAAAGCCCACUGGUUGAGUAUUGAAGGGGUACAGCCAGCCAUCCCGGAAAACCCACCCCCAGUCCCCAAAGAGCAGCAAAAGACGGAAGCGACGGAGCCGAUGAAGGUGGUGAAGCCGGGGCAGCAGGAGGGCGUGCUGACGGGGAAAGGUCAGGGAGCGAACGCGGUGGAUGGCAAAGGAAAGGAGAAGAAGUCCACCAUUCUGGAGGGAGGUCCUCUGAAACUGAAGCCACGCAGCAUCCACGAACUGUCCGUGGAGCAGCAGCUCUAUUACAAGGAGAUCACCGAGGCGUGCGUCGGGUCCUGCGAAGCCAAGAGAGCGGAAGCUUUGCAGAGCAUCGCCACCGAUCCUGGGUUAUACCAAAUGCUGCCGCGUUUCAGCACGUUCAUAUCUGAAGGGGUGCGCGUGAACGUCGUCCAGAACAACCUGGCUCUGCUCAUCUAUCUCAUGAGGAUGGUGAAAGCUCUGAUGGACAAUCCCACCCUCUACCUGGAGAAAUACCUCCACGAGCUGAUCCCCGCCGUGAUGACCUGCAUCGUGAGCCGCCAGCUGUGCCUGCGGCCGGACGUGGACAACCACUGGGCCCUCCGAGACUUCGCGGCGCGGCUCAUCGCGCAGAUCUGCAAGAACUUCAGCACCACCACCAACAACAUCCAGUCCAGGAUAACCAAGACCUUCACUAAGACUUGGGUGGACGACCGCACUCCGUGGACCACGCGUUACGGAUCCAUCGCCGGCCUCGCAGAGCUGGGACCGGAUGUGAUCAAAACGCUGAUCGUGCCCCGGCUGGCGGCGGAGGGAGAGCGGCUGCGCUCCGUGCUCGAGGGUCCCGUCAUAUCCAACAUCGAUAAGAUCGGAGCGGACCACGUGCAGAGCCUGCUGCUGAAACACGCCGCGCCCGUCCUGGUGAAGCUCCGCUCGCCCCCCGAUUCCCCGGAAGCGUACCGCACGGAUUAUGGUUUCCUGGGGCCCACGCUGUGCACGCACGUGAUGAAGGCGAGGGCCCAGAGCGCGCUGCAGGGGCCCCAGGUCAACAGGACCACGCUGACCGUGACGCAGCCUCGCCCCACUCUCACCCUCUCGCAGCCGCUUUCAGGAUCCAUUACCCCCACGCCUCGCCCGUCCGGUAUCAUCAAGGUACCCGGCUCCCUCACCCUGCCGGUCCAGACCCUGGUGAGCGCUCGCCCGUCGACCCCCACGCAGCCUUCCCCUCCACCCACCAAGUACAUCGUGGUGUCGUCGGCCGGAAGCACCGGCACCCAGGUGUUUACUACUUCCAGCGGUCCUUCCCCGUCCACUUCUUGCCCCCCCGGGGUGCAGCCCAUCGUGAAGCUUGUGUCCGGGGGUCAAAGCUCUGGCGUGGCGGGCUCGGCAAGCGGUGCUGCCGGCGGGAUGCAGAAAUACAUCGUCGUCUCGCUGCCCCCUGCUGGAGAAAGCAAGACCCCGCAGCCUUCCCCUCCCCCGACGUCGGAGAACUCUGCCUUAUGACAGACGUAGCGUGUGUUUGUGCGAGGAUCUGGUAUGUGUGUGCGAUACCGUGAUGGGUUAUGAGUCUGUAGCUGUGUGUGCGUUCACUUUUUUUUCUCAUUUCCAUGAUUUUCAUUUAUUUUAUGUAAAGAAAUACUCGUUUUGCUAAUAAAACAACCGAAAUAAUAUAAGCGCGCAUCCUUCC